UGUACGUCACGAACGCAGCCGAGGUCGGCGGUUAACGGGCGGCUCGAGCAUGGAAUUCAAAUUUAAAUUCAAUCUGGGGCCGGCAGAGCAGCCCGGGACUGGAGAGGCUGAGCAGCUUCCAGCGGACCCGGAGAGGAGGUCUGAGACCGUGAAGGAACACCGGGUCGUGUGGGAAGAGCUGGAGAGGAUCCUGGAAGAUGGGAUAGUGGAGGAAGUGGAGGUGGGAGGGCCCGACCCGCUGUGCCUCAGGCACCUGAACGUCUGGGCAGUGGAGAGGGCGCUGAGCCUGCAGGAUCGGGCUGAAGCCGGGGUCUCCGGGGCCAUCGCCCGCCGCUCUGACCUCGUGUCCGGUGUCUACGAGGGAGGCCUGAAGAUCUGGCAGUGCACCUUCGACCUGAUCGAGCACCUGUCCGGUGUCGACUUAGAGGGGCGGCGGGUCCUGGACCUGGGCUGCGGGGCGGGUCUCCUGGGCAUCGUCGCCCUCAGGAGGCGGGCGUCCGAGGUCCAUUUCCAGGACUACAACCCCUCUGUGAUCGAUGGGGUCACCCUGCCCAACGUGGCUCUGAACGAAGAGGAGAAGGAGGAGGAAGAGCCGCCCGUGAAACGGCGGAAAGCCCAGGCCUCGCCGCCCCCGGAGCCCAAGCCGCUUUCCCGCUGCCGCUUCUUCUCGGGAGACUGGUCCCGAUUUGGCAACGUCCACGGCGGCUCCUUCAAGUACGACGUUAUCCUGAGCUCGGAGACUCUGUAUAACCCAGAUAGCUACGGAGACCUGCACGACGCCUUGUCCAGCCUGCUCGCCCAGGAUGGGGUGGUCUACCUGGCCACCAAGUCCCAUUACUUUGGGGUGGGCGGCGGCAUCCACCUGUUCGAGAGCUUUGUCAAACAGAAGGAGGUCUUUUACUUUCAGACAGUAAAAGUGAUCGAUGAUGGGCUCCAGAGAUGCAUCGCCACCAUGUCUUUCCUUCAGCAAGGCCCAAUGCUCCUGAAUCGUUCACUGCAAAAUUGAAGUUCUCUUUACGCGACCGCUAAAACCUGACACUCGACUUUCAGGAAAUAAAUAUUGAGCCUUUCUUUCUUUUUUUUUUAAAAAAUGUCUAGGUGGAAUCCAUAGGGAAAUCGAUGAAAGCCUACUCUUUGGUGUAAAGUGUUGAAUCAUUGCGAAGUGACUGAAGUAUACAACACUGGAAGAGUUCACAUAGCCUUGUGUAACAGGAUGUAGCUAUUAAUAUGAAUUAGUAAGAAUAACUUAUGAUUUCAAGGGCAAAUAACUGUAACAAAGUACCAUAGUAUACAGGGCUAUUAGCUAAGAGCUGGAAAAUGGACUAGAAUAGAGAGCUGCACAAUGAUUGACGUAGACAGAAUAAGCCAAUUUUUUUUUUUAUCCUGCACUGUAAAAACUGACUUUUUUUUUAAAAUAUCCGUUCCAAGUACUUUUGAAGCAUUUAGCUGCCGUUGUUCGCAGUUGGGAGUCAAAUGUUUUGAUACUCUUAAGAGUUCAAACUUAACAUGAGCACCAUUUUUUAAAAAAAUUCACUCCAAAAUGAGGGCAUUUGUUGCCCAUCCCAGAGGGCAGAUAAGAGUCAACUAUUUUGCAGUGAGUCUGGACUUGCAUGUAGUCCAGACCAGGUAAGGACAUUCAGUGAACCAGACGGGUUUUUUCAACAAUGAAUUCAUGGUCAUAAGACUCUUAAUUCCAGAUUUUUCAUAUUGAAUUCAAAUUCUACUGUCUGCCAUGGUGGGAUUUGAACCUGGGUCUCUGGAUUAACAGUCCAGCAAUAAUAUUGCUAGAACAUUGCCUCCCCUAAGCAAGGAAAGAAACUUGGGCCUAUUUGGAAUUGUGUUGAAUUAUUGAAAUUAGACAGGAUGGUAACUUCCAUGCAUUACUAUUCUGCUGAUAAUUGUGCCAAAAUGCAAAUGACUUGUUUCAUGGGUCCUACCAGCUAAGGAUUAAAUCCUUAAUUUUUUUUAAACUAUAUAUGCCUUCUGUUUGUGUGCAAUAAAACAGAUCUUCUAAUUUUCAAGAUCUAGCUUCAAAA